AUGCCUUCCUACCACAGCUGGGGCGCAGCCGCCCAACACCCACGACUUCCCCCAACGCCUCCGGAUUACCAGACGACUUACCUCACACCCUUGAGUGCAGUGUCUGAUCAAAGCUUCUAUCCAUCGCAAAGCUACCACCCUCGCCGAUCACUCUCAUCUCGAGAGUACAAUGAUAGAUUUCAGCCUCCGCCGGCUUACACCGCUCAGCCGUCUCUAGCUGGCCAGGUGGCGCGCCUGGGGCAUGCUCACCCGUCACAAGAAUAUCCCUACCCGCAACCAUAUCAGAUGCAUGGUCCGUCCUACUGGGCAAACCACGUCGCAGCGCCUAUUCUCCCUCCGAUCCGUGUGACUGAGGCUAUGGACCAUUUCCCGGCCCAUUAUGGAGCACAGCACACGGAGUCGAAACCCAAGGAGGACAAGCCUACAGGAGGUGUCGCGCAGCAUCUGGACUACGACAUGGACCUCAUGUCGAGCUUCGUGGCUGAAAUGUCCCAAAAACUUGUAACACCAGAGUCUGCACCAACAUCUCAGUUCCGCAAAUACGUGUCUCAGAUUCUGUCCUCUACCCGCUUGCCCAGCUCCACAAUUAUGCUAGGGUUAUUUUACUUGGCUUCGCGCAUGAAGCAGGUGAAUGAACGCGGACAGUCGACCUCUUCAUCUGGUACUGUCUAUCGGAUGCUCACUACUUGCCUACUGCUUGGCAGCAAGUUUCUCGACGACAACACCUUCCAGAAUCGGUCCUGGGCCGAAGUCAGCAGCAUUCCGGUGCACGAGCUGAACAUGAUGGAAUUACAGUGGCUGACGGAUUUCAACUGGGAGAUCCAUGGCAUGAUGUAUGAUGAGGACAAUGGCUUUUUCAUGUGGGUAGAGCACUGGCAUGCCUACGAAGAAAAAGCCCAGCUCGCCAAAGUCAAGGAGUUUCAAAAGCUCACUCCGAUCGAGACCAAUCUUCAUCGCCAUCAUGCCGUCCAGAAUCAACCCCUCAUGUCCCCUGAAGGGCCCAUUCCUCCUCAGUACCAACAAGGCUCGCAAUACGACACCCGAUGGGUUCGUGCGUAUAUUUCGGAAUAUUCACCACCAUCUGCUCCGCACAGUGGACCGCCCACGCCAGACUACUACAAUGCCUCUUGGGCCUUUACACCGGGCGCUCCUCCAGCAUAUGGGCGCCAGCAGUACCACUCUGAGAGUGCCUCUGCAUACACCGCUCAACGCAAUCAACUGCCUACCUAUGCCCAGACCUUUGGCUAUGGAUCCGGCUUGACCCCGACUUGGGUCACUCACGGACCCAACUGUGGCUGCAGCCUCCAUGCCAAGCAGUCGGAUUAUUACUUCAAUCACCCGGGAUACACCAUGCAAACUGUGGUGGGUUAA